CGCUACCUUUAUUAUUACACCUCUGAUCUACACCCAAACUUCAUCGCAUUGUUCAGACCUAUCAGUUUUGGACCUUGCUAAUCAGUGGCUCACAGAUCAUACUCGCUUUCUCCCAAGCUGACGCCUUGGCUAGAGUCAAUGCCUGCGAUAUGCCGGACAAGUAUGAUAAGUUAGUAGAAGAGUUCCGGGAACGUGUAGGAUAGCAUCUAUAUACCAUAUCAUCAAUGCAAGCAUGCUGAGAUCACUCCAGCGCACUGUUGAAAUCAUGCGAAGCGGUCAUGCUGUCUCUCGAUGCAGCGACUACAUUAUUUACAGCGUCGAGGCAAAGAAUAUCGAUGCUGUCGUGAAGGCUUUUGGUCCUUCUACCAAACUUGGAGCCAUUGUCGGCGGUCAGACCUCGUGCAAAACCCCAGAGAUCGAAGCCUUCGAGACACACCUGCCUGAAGACGUCAGCAUCAUUUCCUGUCAUUCUCUUCACGGACCUGGCGUUGAUCCAAAAGGACAGCCAUUAGUCUUGAUCAAGCACCGUGCUUCAGACGCCGAGUUCGCAUUUGUAGAAAGUGUUUUCGCGUGCUUGGGAUCGAAACAUGUCUACCUCACCAGCGAGCAACAUGAUCGUAUUACGGCAGAUACGCAAGCCGUCACUCAUGCCGCCUUUCUCAGCAUGGGCGCUGCGUGGGCUGCAAACAACCAAUUUCCAUGGGAGACAGCCCGCUAUAUCGGCGGCAUCGAAAACGUCAAGAUGAACAUCACCCUCCGCAUCUACUCCAACAAAUGGCACGUCUACGCCGGUCUCGCAAUCCUCAACCCCGCCGCCCAGAAACAAAUCAAGCAGUACGCCGAGUCAGUCACGGAACUGUUCAAGUUGAUGCUCGCGGGCAACAGGGAGGAGUUGGCUACCAGAGUGCAUACAGCACGUAAAGCUGUCUUCGGAGGUAUCCGCGACGAUGACGAACUACUUCUUCGGGACGAACUUCUCGAUCAGUUCAGUCUAGGACAGAUCCCGGAGAAAAGGCUGAAGAACAAUCACCUCAGUCUACUCGCGAUGGUGGACUGUUGGUGGAAACUCGGCAUCGUUCCCUAUGAUCACAUGAUCUGCUCCACUCCACCCUCCCGCAUGUGGCUCGGCAUUACAGAGUAUCUGUUUCGUAAGCCUGCGCUGCUCGAAGAAGCUAUCGACACGGCGAUCAAUGACAACACGUUCCGCGCCGACGACCUUGAGUUUACUUUCGCCGCCAGGGACUGGAGUUCGCGCGUCAGUCUGGGCAAUUUCGAUGGCUAUCGACAGAAAUUUGAGGGGAUUCAGAAGUACUUUGAGCCCCGGUUCCCGGAGGCUUCCAAGGUGGGUAAUGAGAUGAUCAAGACCAUCUUGGAGAAGACCAAGUCUUAGGGAGGCUUUUUCAGUGGAUGGUAUAGGGAGGAUUCGCUUGUGAACUCUGCUUUUAGCCGGCUGCAGAACUCUG